AUGGCUUCCACGUCCACUCGCCGUCUCGUAGGUGGGACUUGCACGGUCGAUGUCACCUCGGGCCUGGUGGCGCACUCGGACGGUCUGAGCAGCCGCAUCUACCGCUGGCCGCUCGUCUCCUCGCCCUCGUUUCCCUACGCCCGCUCUCCACCCUCCAGCUCGUAUAUCCAAGGGCUGGAAGGGCUGGCCUUGGCAGCGGAGCGCGCAGGGGGUGUGCGUGGAUGGACAUGCAUCAAGCGCGUGCACAUCGACGAGGAGCCACGCCCGCAUUCGGUGCGCCGUGAACUUGCGCUUCUGUCCACGCUUCCUGCACACGAGAACAUCGUCCCGCUCUUGUCGGCGUUUUGCGAUACCACCGAUCCGUUUGGCGAAUUUGUCGAUCUGAUCAUGCCGCUCUACGCAGCCACACUGGAGGACGUGCUGCAGGAACCCAGCUUACUCCGUUUGCCUUGCCAAGGUUCGAUGGAGAGAGCAGGGGGGUCGAUCCGGCACCUUUGGGAGGAUUCCCCCGCAGCAUUUGCGCACAGUGUCGCGCUACAGAUGCUAAGCGGGCUGGCGUUCCUGCAUGGUAAAGAGGUUGCACAUCGAGACGUCAAACCGGCCAACGUGCUUAUUGCACACACGGGUGCAGUCAAGUUGUGUGACCUUGGAACCGCAUUCUCCCCGUCGAGUGCGGGCGAAGAGGAGCAAAAGAUGGUGUGCCAGGUGGGAACGGGUAUCUUUCGUGCACCGGAACUCCUCUUCUCCCCCUCCCAGUACGAUGCCUAUGCUGUUGAUGUUUGGGCGACCGCCGUAACGCUAGCGCAUUUUCAUACCCCGCUCAUCCCCACCCUCACCACCCCCGUUGCAGAGGUCGAGGUGGAUGAACGAACACCCUGGCAGAGAGCCUUUGACUCCAACACGGAACCCCCUUCACCCGGCUCCGACCAACUUGUCUUUUGGGAGGAAGAGCCUCGGAUGCCCCAACAAUCCGCUUCGGGUUACAUCCGAACGCCGCUAUUCGAGCCGGACAGAGGCGACAUCGGCCUGGCCGCCAGCAUCUUUAACCUUCUCGGUCUGCCCACCGAUCUCAAAGACUGGCCUGAAGCAGAACACUUCCAUCCGCCCCUUCACCGUCUCCCCUUCACCCCCACACAAGCAACCGGCAUCCAAUCAGCCCUACCGCUAGCAACCAACCCCAACCCUCUCGUCGACAGCCUCAUCAAACCAGCCCUCCACCUCUCCGCUUCCCACCGACCGACCGCUGCCCAACUUCUCACCUCCCUCCCAUCCCCCCACACACCCGCAGAGAGAUAA